AUGAGCGACACAGGCGCGUCUGAUGCCGGCGCACCCCUGGCCCCCGGCCUCUCCGGGGGCAACCAGUCCAUCGGGCAGCGCUCGGCCACCGAGAGCGAGGCGCUAGUGCUGGCCCGCGCGGCGGGCCUGGUCAGCGAGUGCCGCGCCGAGCUGCGCGAGCUGCGCGCCCGCGCCAAGGCCGCGCGCUCCAACCGCGAGCGCUGCAUGGCCGCGCUGGCUGCCGGCAGCGAAGCGGUGGGCGCGCUGGAGGAGGUCUGCUCCGACGCGGGCGCGCUGGACGCGCGCGGCGAGCGCGCGCUCUGCGCGCUGGCCGGCCGCGUGCAGGGCCUGAUGGACCAGGCCGAGGCGCUGGUGGACGUGUACGGGCGCCAGGGCGGCCUGGGCAAGUUUGCCUCCCGCAUGUUCAACCCGGGGGUGGGCGCCAAGUUCGAGGCCAUCACCGCCGAGCUGCAGGCCCACGCUAAGCAGGUGCGCCUGCUGGCAGAGGGCGACGCCUACUCCCGUGGCCGCGGCAGCAGCGGCACCGCCUCCGGCAGCCUGUCAGCGCGCGGCGCGGCGCGUGGCGGGCCGCAGGCCAGCCGCGCAGGGUCGGAGGCCUCGGCCAUGGGCAUCUCCCGCCUGGGCCGCGCCUCUGGCUCCCUGCCCUCCCAGCACAGCGUGGCGGAGGCGGGGCGGGCCAGCGGCGCCUGGCCGCCGGUCCCCCGGCACGGUCGCAGCGCCUCGACCGGCUCCCAGCUGGGCGCGGCGCGCGAAGCGGCGCGCGACUCGGCGCCCUCCACGCCGCCCGAUGGCGCGCUGGCGGCGGCGGACAGCGGCCUGUCCCGCAGCACGUGGGCGGACCGCGAGCCCCCCACCCGCACCUCCACCGUCCCCUCCUCGCCCGGCCUGGGCGGCAGCAUGGCGGCGCCGGCCGUCGGCGCCGCGACCGCCAUCCCGGUCCCCGAGCGCCUGCACCGCGGCAAGGCGGGGCAGAGCGUGACGGCGCUGCUCCUGAUCCCGCCCGGCGAGGACGAGCCGCGCGGGUCGCUGGGGCACGCCUGGUACUACGUCACGCGCACUCUGGGCGGGGGCACGCUGCACGUGGUGCACCUCUCCUCCCAGGUGCACAGCGAGGUGCGGGCGGAGGGCGUGGUGACCGCGCUGCACCUGGAUGCGGCGGGCCUGGUCUGGGCGGGGCACCGCAACGGCACGGUGCGCGCCUGGGAGCACAGCUCGCGCGCGCCCGUCUGCGACCCCCUCCGCGCCUUCCACUCCUCGGUCACGGCGCUGACCUGCGACGAGCGCGGCGCGUGCUGGGCCGCCUCCAGCCGCGGCAACGUGCGCUGCCUGCGCCUGGGCGAGGUCCUGCGCGGCGGCGCGCCCGUCGGCUGCCGCCUGAGCCUGGUGGGGUCGCUGCGCUGGUCCGGCUCCGCCGCGCCCGCCGACGCCGCGGCGCUGGAGGGCGUGCCCGAGGACGGCAUGGUGAACAGCGAGCUGCUGCGCGAGCAGGCCCACUACGGCCCCGUGUCGGCGCUGGCCGCGGCGGUGGGCCGCGUGUGGACGGCGGGCGGCUCCUCCGCCUUCGUCUGCCUGCGCGAGUGGAGCCAGCGCGGCGAGCUGCUGGCCUCCAACGACCUGCGCUCCAUGGGCACCGUGAACGCCAUGGCCAUCACCAGCCCCCUGGUGCGCGUACUCCUGCCGGCGGAGCGCGGGGCCCACCCCGCCGCCACCGCCUCGGUCAUCUCGCUGGCGCCGCGGUCCGGCGGCACCGGCCCGGGCGGCGCCGCGCUGGCCACCGAGCUGCAGCAGGUCUGGCAGCUGCUCACCGUGCACGACUCGGGCAUGGUCCAGGUCUGGACCAUGGUGGCGGGCCUGCUGCGCCCCAUCCUGCGCAUCGGCGAGCGCACCUCCCCCGCCAAGGGGCUGGCGGUGUGCGAGAGCCUGGGCGCCGUGUGCACCAGCCACCUGGAUGGGCGGCUGCUGGUGCGGCCGCUGCCGCACCCCAAGAGCCCCGGCGGGCUGACCAUCAACUACGUGGCGGGGAGCGUGGGCCAGGCACGCAUGCCCUACGGCGAGAUCCAGGCCAGCAAGACGGGGCUGGCCCACGUGCAGGGCGCGGGCGCGGGCGUGGUCACCUCCUCCAUGAACGGCACCAUCUCGCUGUGGGGCGACGCCGCGCUGCGCGCCGCCGCCUCGCAGCGCGGCCUGGCGCUGAUGGGGGAGCUGUCGCCGCGCGAGGCCUGGCCCCUCUUCUGCUACAACUCCGCCGUGCUGGCCUACGCCAUGGCCGAGGCCAGCGCCGGCCUGGGCCUGGCCGCCGGCCCGGGGGACGCCAGCGACGACGACCUGCUGCGCGGCGCGGGCCGGGUGAUCGGGGAGGGCGCCUUUGGCAAGGUGUACCUGGGGCGGUGGCAGGAGACGGACGUGGCCAUCAAGGUGCUGACCAGCCUGCAGGCUUUUGGCAUCGGCGCGGCGGGGGCCACCGUGGCCGGGCCCGACGGCGAGGUGCGGCUGGACCCGGAGGUCCUGCGCACCCUGGAGCGGGAGGUGGGCAUCAUGGUGGCCAUCCGCCACCCCAACAUCAUCCUCUUCAUGGGCGUGUGCCUGGACCCGGCGUGCAUCGUCACCGAGUUCUGCGCGCGCGGGUCGCUGUACGACCUGCUGAAGGUCGCGGCGGCCAACCCCGACGCCUCGGCGCGCGUGCUGGACUGGGGCAAGCGCCUGAACAUGGCCCUGGACGCGGCAAAGGGCAUGCUGCACCUCCACUCCCACCGCGGGCCCAUCAUCCACCGCGACCUCAAGUCGCCCAACCUGCUGGUGGACAAGCACUGGCGCGUCAAGGUCACCGACUUCAAUCUCUCCCGCCUGUCGGACACCGUCUCCGUGGCCUCCUCCAUGGUCGCCAACAACCCGCGCUGGCACGCGCCAGAGUCGUACAGCAAGGCCAGCGACGUGUACGCCUACGGGCUCAUCCUGUGGGAGUUACUGACUUGGCAGCUGCCCUUUGCGGCGCAGACCCCCUUCCAAAUCAUCCUCAUGGUGGCGGAGCGCGGCGAGCGCCCCCCCAUCCCCGACUCCCCCGCCGAGUACCAGGGUGGCGACUUCGAGGGGUCGGCCGACUACCUGGCGCUGAUGCAGGACCCCUUUGACGCGCCCUCCACGCUGGGCACCAACGGGGGCAGCCUGCACCGGCCCAGCCCCUUUGAUGUGGGCGUUCCCAACCCCUCCAGUUCCUUCAAGGUGCUCCGGCCGUACGACCUUGCGGGCUCGUCCGGCCGCGUCCCCGGCGUGACCUCGGCCUCGCCCGCCUCCAACGCUGGCAUGAUCGCCCAGACCUUCAGCCUGCGGUCCAGUCAGCUCUCCUCCGAGUCAUCGGCCACGGCGCCCAACCUCAGCCAGGUGGCCUCCGGGCCACACACUGCCAGCGACGACUCCGCCGAGCCGCGAACGGUUGCCUAG